AUGGGUCAAGUGGUUGAGCUUAGGAGGGUCAACGACAGGAUUAUGGCGAUUAAGUUAAUUGUUGGAGGGUCCACUUUGAACAUUGUUAUUACUUAUGCGCCGCAAAUAGGCUUGGAUGAGGAGGAAAAAAAUCACUUUUGGGAUGUCUUGGACAAGGUGUUGAGGGCUAUACCACUCGCUGAGAAGCUUUUCAUAGGAGGAGAUUUCAAUGGGCACAUUGGGUCAAUCCCUCAGGGCUAUGAUGAUGCGCAUGGAGGCUUUGGUUUCAGCGAUAUGAAUGUAGGAGUAGUCUUGCUUUUGGACUUUUCAAGAGCUCUUGGGUUGGUGGUAGCCAAUUCGAGUUUCCCGAAGAGGGAGGAGCAAUUAGUAACUUUUAGUAGUUCGAGGGCUAAGACUCAGAUAGACUAUUUUCUCCUCAGAAAGGAUGAUAAAGAAUUAUGUAAAGAUUGUAAGGAUAUUCUGAGGACCCAACAUAAGCUCUUGGCGAUGGAUUUGGAGAUCAAAAAGAAGAAGAAAAAAAGGUUGUAG